ACGUUGACAAUUAAAUUGGUGUUAUGUGUUAGUGUUGUGGUAUAUGAUCCACGAUUGAACCUCUUCCAACAACUCGAGUUAUUGGGACCAACUGGUUUAUGACAUGGUAUCAGAUCUGGUUUGGCCAAAUGGUCGUUACUGGUUCAUGACAUGGUAUCAGAGCUGGUUUGGCCAAAUAGUCGUGUGUUCGAAUCUCCACGACCCCCAAUAUUAACAGUUGAUUAAAGCACAAGGUAUGGUGGGCCUGUGCAAACUUCAAGCCCAUGGGGUUGGCUUUCGUUUGAGGGGGCGUGUUAGAGAGUGGUUUAAGAUCCAGCAGAACCUUCUCCCAACAACUCGAGUUAUUGGGACCAACUGGUUUAAGAAAUGGUAUCAGAUCUGGUUUGGCCAAAUGGUCGUGUGUUCGAAUCUCCACGACUCCCAACCUUCUCCCAACAACUCGAGUUAUUGGGAGCAACUGGUUCAUGACAUGAUGAGAGGUAGAAAAGAAGUGGGCAGAUGGAAGAAACGAUAUAUGGUGAAGGAACCCCUCCAAAAGGUGGAUGGAGAGUCGUUCCCAAUCCUAAGUUUAGAGGGCAAGAUACUAUUUGGGCUAGUCAUUGUAGCUGGUGGGGGCUUGGGCCCGGGUCCAUCGAAUGAGAUAUGAUAAGGCCUAAUACGAUUUGGGUUUCUUUUAUGUCCGGCGUAGUUUGGUUGUUCGAUUAGCAUGAAGUGUCGAGAAGUUAUAGGACAAUUGUCCACAGAGUAUUGAGGGAUGACAGGGUGUAACAACCCGAGCCAGCUGAUGACGUGUGAAGAUAGUCAAAGUAUAAAUAGCUACUACUGUUAGGAUAAUGGCAUCUUUUGGCAAAUGAAUAAAUAAUAGCUACUUUCUUUUCUUUCCUAUUAGCGUUAGCUCUGUAGAACAACUCUACACAUUCCAUUCUUUACCUCUUCCCUGUUCUUCCUCCAUCAUUCCAUUACUUCGCCAGAUUAUCCCAAUAAAGAUCCUUACAAGUGGUAAUCAGAGCAUGUCAUCUGGCAACAAUGGCGUCUAAUACAUCGAGAAUCAUUGUUUUGGAAACUCAAAUGGCGGCUAUCAAACAGCAGAUGGACUCAUAACACCGGGAUCUGAAGAGCGCCAUUGCUGCUCUUGCGGCUUCGACGAAGGCCUCCAUCGAUGCUCUUACUGAUUCGUUGGAGCAACGGCGAGACGAUUCUACGGUUCGUUCUCCACCGAGCACGGCGACGAGAACUCUGGACCAGAUUCCUUCUCCCACUUUCGAUUCUGUUUUUCCCAUGUCUUCGGCCACUUCACCCCCACCACAGCAGAGUACCGGCGCCAAUCAGUAUCGCGCCUUCAACCGUCCACCACCACGACGGCCUUUCUUCGUCGUCUCCGAGCAAAUUGGAUCGAUGGCGGAUUAUCAGGAGGCACCGCCGAUUCACUCACCACUGCGUCCCAAUUACGUCCAUCGCCCUGAUCAUCAGCACUUCCGACAUCAACCGCGUCGGCCGUCAAUUGUGGAUCCCUAUCAUCGUCUCGAGUUGCCCUAUUUCUCUGGCUUGGAUCCUCAUGUGUGGGUGAGCAAAUGUACCGAACUCUUCCUGCUUUACUCAGUUCCGGAAGAUCAGAAGGUUGAUUUGGGUUUGCACUAUCUAGACGGGCGUGCUCGCACAUGGUUUGAGGGGUGGUCUUUCUGGCGUUUUCCUUUGCUUUGGGGUGAUUUUGUCGGUGGGUUGCUUCUUCGGUUUGGGAGUCAAGUGCAGAUGACUGUCGUCGCGGCGUGCAAUCAGCUUCAGCAGCCGUUGGUCCUCCCUUCGUUGAUUUCCGAGGGAACUGGGUUUGUGGGAGACUCCCAGGUUCAUACUCAAGCCACUUCUUCCUUGUUUCCUUUACUGGGGUCAGCUCCAUGCUUGAAUUUUCUGGAUACGCCUUCUACUCGACUGCCUUUCGUUCGGAAAGUUCUGUGUGGUUCUCAAACUACCAAAACCUAUGCUAGUUCUCCUAACCAGAAGAUGAUUUCUGCCGUAUACAUGGAUAAGAUUCUUACUGUUGAAGAGUCAGCUUUCAUUUUUGGUGAUCCUUGUCCUACUGAGUUUGUGUUUGGGAUCUUUGGUUGCACUAUCGAGCCCGGCAAUGCCAAUUGGAGUUACGGAUUUCACGUCUUCCCAACUUUUUAUGGCAUCCUUAGGCAUUUCCAUGGCAGUAGGAAUCAUGAUGAUUUCAAAGGUCCUUAUAAAGAUUGUGUUCUUCCCUUGGGAGAAGGAUUUGUGAGAGUGCCGAAGGUGAAGCUUUCGGCAGUUUGGAUUGGGAAGGAUGAUAGCGGGGAACUGAACUGUGAACGUAAGUGUAGGAAGAAAUGUUCAUAUUCUGCAUAUACUGAAAUAGAUGCUGCUCUGAAGGACAAGGGUUGCUUGUUGUGGUAUGGAGAACUGGUGGAUACAAUGUAUUUCCCUGCUAGUUCCCAGGAUUUGUAUGUUCGAGUUGAGGCAGAGGAAUUUGCUACGUUUCAAGGGGGAUUUAACGAUUCACUUGAGUUAAAGUUGAGCAUUCUUCUAUCAUCUAUGGGUUCAGCCGGGCUUCUUGUUAUCGUGUUUGCCUUCUUCUGGCUCAGGAAGCGGCAAAUUAAAUCGGUAAAGAAGAGAAGGACCAGAUAUUUGUUCCAUCCAAUUGAUGGUGGUGAUGUUGCGUCUGUCCCUGGGUUGAAUGCACAAGGGUUGCCUACUUUUGCAGUAACGAAGUUAGCUUGUGAAAGAGUGGAUCAUACUGAGAGAUCAUUGGAUGCAUUGUGGAAUUGGGCUCUAAUAUGUCUUUGUUACUCUUGGGUUGUGCAUAUUCGAGUUGCACUUGUGUCCAACCAGUCUUUGUGUUUCCUAGCUGCCGAGUUGAUUGAGAUGUUCUGUCAAACUCUUCCACUUCCUGAAGGCUGGAACGCACAAGAGAGCUGCUGUCCAAAUCCCAAAACCAAGACUGUUGUCAAACUUCCAGAAAUUGGCCAAGCGAUUAGUGCACCAACCGACACUGCAAGAACCAAGGCUGCUGUCCAACUUUCAGCUAUUUGUGAACAAGGGAAACCAGACUGUGAUGCAAGUGCUUUUGCAGUGGACGCUUCAGCUACCAGAGGAAGCAACUUGGGAAGCCUUGCUCUCCUUCAAGGCGCAGCAUCCUACUUUUCCAUCUUGAACACAGCUUGAGGACAAGCUGCCUCUGAAGGGGGAGGGUUUGUAACAACCCGAGCCAGCUGAUGACGUGUGAAGAUAGUCAAAGUAUAAAUAGCUACUACUGUUAGGAUAAUGACAUCUUUUGGCAAAUGAAUAAAUAAUAGCUACUUUCUUUUUUUUUCUAUUAGCGUUAGCUCUGUAGAACAACUCUGCACAUUCCAUUCUUUACCUCUUCCCUGUUCUUCCUCCAUCAUUCCAUUACUUCGCCAGAUGAUCCCAAUAAAGAUCCUUACAAAGGGGAUGUAAGGAUUGUCGGCUUCGCCAAUUUUAUAGUACAAUGCUAUGUUCUGAUAGCAGAGUUAUGCGCUUUAAGAGAUGAGAUGUCGUUAGCAUGGACUCUGAAUACAGAAGUAUGAAGAUAGCCUCUGAUUCUCAAAUCUCCGUCCAGAUGAUUCAAGAGGGAUAAUAUUGAGUUGCACAUUAUUUCACACCAAAGGAGAAGGCAAUAAACUCGCAGAUGGAUUGGAGGCUUUAGGUCACGGUGUCGCUCGAGAAGAAGUGUUCUGCCCCAAAGUUCCUCCUACACUAAGGCAUGUUUACAAAGCGGAUAUAGUUGGUGUCCACUUCCAAAGAGGAGUGGAUUGAUCUAGCAAGAGAAUUGUUGUAUUGUUUGUACUCUUUUAAUUUCCUUGUAACAAAAAAAGAAAGUGUCGGAAAGUUAUUAAUUAAAUACUUUCAGGGGGUGGAUGCUAUAAUAAUACAUGCCAAAGGUAAUUACCAUUUAGCACAAAGGGGUGGUUGACCCUCUUCUUUAAUUAAAAAAGGAUUUGAUUAAUGUGACUUGAAAUGAGGAAUGAUUGGUGUUCAAUCAUUCAUCGUCUUAACUCUUAUGUGUGGUCAUUCUCUCAUGUGAUUAUGAGUUUUCAUAUGAUGUAUGAAGUGGUUGGCUCAUGACAUUCGUGUAAUUUGCCUCCUAUUUUUCUUUUCUGAAGGUUACAAUGAAUCGGAAAAAAACAUACAAGAAAGUGGCACUCUCUCAUGCUUAUAAGUGGUAGGAUGUAGGUAGUAUUUCAACAAAACAAAAAAAAAAAAGACAUUUUAUUUUGGGUUAAUAUUUUCCUAUGGCCUGAACUUUGACCAAAAUAAACAUGCUGGCCAAUCUUUUCGAUCUAUAACAUCUUGGCCCGAACUAUACACCAAAAUAAACAAUUUGGCCAGAUCCGACUUUUGACCGUUAACUUGGACGGUCAAACGCGUUGACCGUUAGUCAACGCGCCAUGUCACUGCCAAGUCAGCAUAAAAUAUUUUAAAAAAUUCACAAUUUCCACACAUUCCCUAAUUUUAAAUUAUUAUAAAUUAAAAAAAUCAUCUAAUACCUUUGUUAAACCAAAAAUAAAAAACGAAAAAAUUAAAUAUUUAUCAGAUCUUCUGACUUGGCAGUGAUGUGCGCGUUGACCGUCAGUCAACGCGUUUGACCGUCUAAGUUAACGGUCAAACAUUGGGUUUGGCCACAUUGUUUAUUUUGGUGUAUAGUUCGGGCCAGGAUGUUAUAGAUCGAAAAGAUUGGCCAAGAUGUUUAUUUUGGUCAAAGUUCGGGCCAUACGAAAAUAUUAACCCUUUCAUUUUUAUGGAAACCUGAAAUUAAUUCACUAAAAUUCAUCGUGAAUAUGGAACCAUGAACUUAACUUCAAGUAGUCGAAAAUGAUGUAGAGGAUGCCUAUCAACCCAAUGGAUCAUACUAUCCCAACACUUGGAUAAAACCUCAAUCUUUAA